AUGUGUGUGGGUAGGCUUGCUGCACAAGCGCCUGGGGCGUGCAAGGACUUAGACGACGGUGAGAAAGCAAGGCUUUCAGAAGAAGCAAUUGCUGCCAUCCAGCAAGGUGUGCGUACAGCCGGCAACCAAAAAGCUGGUGCACCUUUUGUUCCCGAAGGGUGGUCAGACAAAUACAAACCGGCUUUGGGCGCCUACAAACAGUUCUUGAAAGAUCACCCUGACAAGUUCACGUUGGUUCCUGACAAGGACGGAAACUUUGUGAUCAGGCUGCCAGAUCAGCUGGAUGCCCCGAGCAUUCCCGACAAAAAGGUUUGGGAGAAGCACUUGGUCAAAGCGUGGAUGGCCUACUGCAAGGUAGUCCCGCGACCUCAGCGGGACUUCAAGGUCGCCAAAGAGCGCGCCCGCUCAGUCGCCGCGGUUGUCCCCGAAGCUGUCCCCAAAGCAAUCUCCGAAGCUGCCACCCAGCCUUCCAACGGGUGUGGAGAGGUAUGCCAUUAUCGAGGCACCUUGCUCAAUGGCACAGAGUUCGAUAGCUCUCACAAGCGCGGCUCUCCGGCUUCUUUCAAGCCUGCCAAUCUUGUUCCUGGCUUCCAAGAGGCGUUGCUCAUGAUGAAGCCUGGCGACACCUGGAGGAUUUGGAUACCCAGUGCGAUCGGUUAUGGCUCUCGCGGUGCUGGAGGCGCCAUCCCGCCAGACACUGCCAUCUCCUUCGAGCUAGAGCUGCUAGAGGUGAGCCCUCCCGCGGAAGGGUUGGCAUGGUUGUGGGAGCAAGCGUCCUCAAAUCCAAUGCCGGUCGCCAUUGCCUGCCUCGCCAUAUUCCAGCUGCUGCAGGGUUACUUUCAGAAGGGUGCUCCUUCUGACCUCAAGGAGUUGUCAAUGUCCGAUGCAUCUUCAGAGGAGAACCCCAAGGUGUUCUUCAGCGUGAAGAUCGGCGAGGAAGAGCCCGCGCGGGUGGAGAUGGAGCUUUUUGCCAAAAGCUAUCCGAAGACCGUGGAGAACUUCCGUGCCCUCUGCACCGGAGAGAAGGGCAAGGGCAAGUCCGGCAAGCCUCUGACCUUCAAAGGCAGCUCAUUUCACAGGAUCAUUCCGGGCUUCAUGUGCCAGGGCGGUGACUUCACCAAUGCGAAUGGCACUGGUGGCGAGUCAAUCUACGGGGAGAAGUUUGAGGACGAGUGGACGAACGGAUACAUCACGCACAGUAAAGGGGGGCUGCUCUCCAUGGCAAACGCGGGCAAGGACACCAAUGGCUCACAAUUUUUUAUCACGCUGGCGGCUUGUACGCACCUGGAUGGGAAGCAUGUGCUCUUUGGCCAGGUAACUGAUGGUAUGGACGCUGUCAACAAAAUGGGUGCAACAGGCACACUGCCCAUUGUUGCAGUGGCAACCUGCCAUGACUAG